AUGGCUUCGACCAACUACAAGGAGGCUUUCUCUCUGUUCGACAAGCGCGGCAACGGCCGUGUCACCCUCGAUAGCUUGGGCGAUCUCCUGCGCGCCUGCGGCCAGAACCCAACCCUUGCCGAGAUCCAGGAGCUCGAGAAGAACGUUGGCGGUGAUUUCGACUUUGAGACCUUCCAGCGCAUUCUGAACCGACCGGGCGGCUUCCGUGACCCUGGCGAGCCCGACGAGUACUGCCGCGGCUUCCAAGUAUUCGACAAAGACAUGACGGGCUUUAUCGGCGUGGGCCAGCUCAAGUACAUCCUGACGAACCUGGGCGAGAAGAUGACCGAGGAGGAGGUGGACGAGCUGCUCAAGGCGGUGGACACCAGCAACGGGCAGGUCAACUACACGGAGCUCGUCCGCACCAUUCUCGCCAACUAG